AUGGAGACAUCAAAUUUGACCUGGAUUUUGCUGGUUCUCCUAGUUUUAGUGGCCGAAAAUGGAUGUUUCGGACAAGUUCGCAAGGUCAGCGAUGAAUAUCAGGUGAGGAUUAAGGUUUAUUAUUCAUUUCCAGGAUUUUUUGGCCAUUUUCGAUAGAUUUUCUCAAGGAUAAUACAAAUUUGAGACCUAAUUUCUUACUGUUAUUUUUCAGACAGUCCGACACAACGACAAAUGUGUUCCUAUCACGAUGGACCUUUGCAACGACAUUCAAUACAACAUGACUAUCUUUCCCAAUCUUCUGAAGCAUCAAACUCAGGACGAAGCCAACUCUGAGAUCAAGUCCUAUGAGAUGUUGGUCAAGGUCAAGUGCUCUCCGGAUUUCAAGUUUUUCCUCUGCACAUUGUUCGCUCCAGUUUGUACAAUGUUAGACGAACCCAUCCCACCUUGUCGGCAUCUUUGUUUGUCCGCUAAAACCGGAUGUGAAGAUCUGAUGAAGAAAUUUGGGUAUCCAUGGCCGGAAAUCUUCAAUUGCGACAAGUUCCCGGGCCCAAAUGAGAUGUGUGUGGGUGAAAAUACAACGAGAAGUGCGCCAGUGAGCAGCACAGUUAGUCCUCCAGAGAAGACUUUGGAAUGUCCGCACACAAUGAAGGUUUUGAGCAAGAGCAGGUGGGUCUUGAUGGAAAAUAUAAAUUUCUUGGAUUUUUAUAGUCCGGGUUGCUUACAGACCAUUUUAAUUGAAGGAGUAUGUCAUUUACAAACUUAUCUUUUCAGUUACCGCCUUCAAAUUGCCAAUUCUUCCAUCCAGCAAUGCUCUUUGCCUUGUGAAUCAGAUGAAUUUGUUCCAAUUUUUGGUUUCACAGCUCCUGAACGUGGUCUCCUUCGUCUAACUGCAUGGUUAUCAGCGGUAGUAUGUUUGGUAUGCACUCUAUUCACCGUCGUCACUUUCCUCAUCGACAUUGAGCGCUUCGAAUUCCCAGAACGGGCGAUAUUAUACAUGGGCGUCUGUUAUUUCUUUGUCAGUGUGACUUAUCUGGUCGGAACUGUUGCUGGUAAGUGCUAUUAGGUUUGGUGAUUUAUUUUGAGACGUCAGAGAUGUAUUGAUUGUUAUUUUAGGCGGUCCCGUUUCUUGUGGAGCCCUUUCUUCGACCCAAUCAGCCCUGGUCACCCAAGGAGUAGACAACUUUGCUUGCUCGGCCGUCGCGUUCAUCAAUUUCUACUUCUCCACGGCCGCUGCGGUUUGGUGGUUCUGUCUGUGCUUUGCGUGGUUCCUGGUUACCACUUUGAAAUGGGGAGAAGCACCGGUUGGACAAGUCUUUGGCUCUUAUUUCUCUCUUCUGGCUUGGGGAGGACCAGCCGUUGCUGCUAUCGCGGUCCUUGUGACGAAUUCUGUUGAUGGAGAUAUGUUCACAGGGCUUUGUUCGGUGGGAAAUCUCCAACCGCAGGCAAUGCUGAGGUUUGUGGCCAUCCCACAAGCCGCUCUGAUCGGUGAGUAUAUUAUACUUGAUGUCGAAGGCAAAAAUUGAUAGUCAACCUUUAUUGUCGCUGUUGCUUUUCUGGUUUAUAGUUUCAAAAGAACCUUGGCGGUCUAAUGAUGUUGUUUUUUUCAGUGUCCGGCUUCUUCUUGUUCGGCUGUGGCUUCAUCUCGAUCCUCCGGAUCAGAUCCUACAUCAAAGGUCAGAAAGCCGCUCCAUUGGGAAAAUUGGAAGCGGCUUCUGGGAAGAUCAGCCGAUUGAUGAUCCGAAUCACCAUGUUCGCGGCGUUAUACAUGAUGGCCAGUGUUGCAUACUGCGUGUUCUUGUUCUAUCAAGCAGUUAAUAUGGACUCAUGGUUAACAUCUUGGUAUGGAACCAGGUGUCUGCACCUUCAGAGGGGAUCUUUUGGUUUCACUCAGCCCAGAGAACUCUGUCCAAUCAAUCAAGCAGCCCUCACCAAUGAAUCUCCGGAUCUUCUGAUGUUCUGCGGGAAAUAUGUGGCUCAGUUGUCAGUGGGCGUGGCCUGCGCGGUCUGGACGAUAAAUGGAAAAACAUUCAACAGUUAUGGGGAUUUCUAUGCGAGAGUAUUCCUGGGCCGGUCCAGAGUUCCCACGAGGCAAUCGUAG